AUGGGGAAGGCUUGUACGAUCCGCAAGCUUUCCGCGCUAGGCCUAUCUCGUGCUAGCUCAGCCUUGAGACGAAGCUUCCGUAUCAAAUUGAAGGGGCAGGGAACGCGACCACGACAACAUCCAUCAAUUGACGAGUGCACCACAAAGCCCACACAAACCCGUGCAGCCACAUACUGGGGCACCUAUACACUACAUUCCUCCUUGGCCUUGAUCGCCGCCACCACCUUCGCCAUGUUGUCUAUCAUUGGGCGUGCCGCCAUUCGUAGGAGCGGAGGUAAUGGAUCAACAAUUAAAUUCGUCUCGCGCAAUUUGACCAACGUCUCGCGCACCAGCUUUCUCAAGCAUUUUGCUCCUCAAUCCGCGAGAACUUUCGCCACAGCCAAGGUCUCUCUGAAAGUAAAGGCAACCAAAAGUGCGACUGCGAAGCCCAAAACCAAGGCGGCGCCAGCAAAGAAGACUCCAGCAAAGAAAGCUCCAGCGAAGAAGGCUGCGAAGAAGGUUGUGAAGAAGCCCGUGAAGAAGCCCGUGAAGAAGAAGGCAAAGCCAGCCGUCAAGAAACCCAAGGCGAGAAAGGCUCUCACUCCCGAGCAAAAGCAGAAGAUCGAGAAUAAGAAAUUGAAAGCUCUGUUACUGUCCCCGCCAACACUCAAGCCCCAAAGCGCCUGGAAGAUUGUCAUUUCUGAAGCUGCUGGGAAGGGAACUACAGUCGAAAACUUCUCAAAAGAGGCCAGCGCUCGAUACAAAUCACUAAGUGCAGCAGAACUCGAGGUAAACAUGCAAUCGGGAUACUCUGACAUUGACUGAUCGUCUUCUACAGGCCUAUCAACAGCAAGCGAACGAGAACAAGCUCGAGAACCAAAAGAUACAUGCUCGCUGGUUAGAGUCUCUCACUCCCGAACAGGUCAGACUAUCCAACCAAGCUCGUCGCAACUUGCAAGCAAAGAAGGCAAUCAAAACCCACCUCCUUAUCACAGAUUCACGUGCUCCUAAACGCCCGCAAACAGUGUACGGUCUCUACACGAAGCAGAGAUGGGCCUCUGGGGAUUUCAAAGGCGUUUCAGUUAUUGAAGCAACUCGACGACUCGCUUCGGAAUUCCGUGCACUCUCUGAGGCAGAGAAGAAGGUUAGUGACUAUCAGGCUCACAUUUGACAGUCAGGCUAAUCAAAACAGCCAUUUUUGGACCAAUCCGAGGCGGACAGGCGACGAUACAAGGCAGAAUACCUGACGGUGUAUGGUCGUGAGCUCGGCGCAAAAAAGUGACGGCUUCAUUCACGAGCAAUGUACAGCGUAAAUUCUCACUUGUACUUGUAUUGGGCUCGGUCCUAUGGGCAGCAAUUCAGACGAGAUGGCGCAUCAGUUCUCACAUGCUAAGUGGAAGAUCCUUUUGUAACUACGUACCUUCUAUCGCGCGGGUUUAGGGGGUCUUGCAUGUCCUGUUGCUCAGAACAUGUCCUUCUCUGUCGAGGCAUUUCUUUUUUUUUGUAUCGAUAGUUGAUUCUCGCCUAAUUUAGUGGCAGACCAGCAAUACCCGAGUCAGAAAUUCGAUCUUGUUUUUAAUGUUUUGUCUUCCCAUGCGGUUGGAUUGUUGAUAGGAUGCUCCACUAUUGAACAUGUCAGCGUUGAAUGAACCAUGAAGAUCGAAACUACUUUCACGCAGUCUCCAUCAAUGUGUGCAGUGAUGGACUCCAUGAUAAGAUAUUAGAAAGGUCUUCUGGUCUGUUUAAACCGAGCUAAUUCAGAACUCGGGCCUAGAAGACGGAGGAUUAUUCAUGCGUUCGCCGGUAUCCAACGCA